UUCAGUCUGAACGCGACGAGCGUUACGUUCGUUGCGCGUGUUUCGCGUUAAAGUGAAAUCAUGUGCGAGAAACGUGGUAUGUGCACGAGUAGACGACAGGUGCCUCUUCUAGUAGUGACUACUUUGUUAGUUGGCGUGCGCCCGGAAAUAGUCGAUCCGAAUUUCAAGGAACCAAUUACCAAUGUAACUGCACCGGUUGGAAGGGAAGCAAUUUUAUCUUGCGUGGUUCAAGAUUUAGCGGAAUACAAAGUAGCAUGGUUGCGGGUAGAUACCCAAACGAUAUUAACGAUAGCUAGUCACGUUAUCACGAAAAACCAUCGAAUAGCCGUUUCUCACAGCGAUCAUCGCACGUGGUUUCUCCACAUACGAGAGGUAAAAGAAUCUGACAGGGGAUGGUACAUGUGUCAGAUUAAUACGGAUCCAAUGAAAAGUCAAACUGGUUACCUGCAAGUGGUCGUUCCUCCAAAUAUUCUGGACUAUUCAACGAGCACAGACAUGGUGGUACCAGAAGGCAGUAAAGUGACUUUGCACUGCGAAGCGACGGGAUCACCGGCACCUAACAUCACCUGGCGACGCGAGGAUGGCCAAUUAAUACCCUUGGCAAAUGGACGAAAAGCGCAGAGUGUCGAAGGACCAAAUUUUAACAUUUCUAAAGUAAAUCGGUUACAUAUGGGCUUCUACCUUUGCAUCGCAUCGAAUGGCGUGCCACCAUCAGUUAGUAAAAGAAUUAUGCUGACUGUUCAAUUUCCACCCAUGAUUUCGGUGCAGAAUCAAUUGGUGGGCGCUCAGGAGGGACAACAGUUGACUCUGGAGUGCCACUCGGAGGCUUAUCCUAAAUCCAUCAAUUAUUGGACAAGGGAUAAGGACGAGAUAGUUCCACAAGGAGGGAAAUACGAGCCUGUACUAUUGGACAACGCGUAUAAAGUUCAUAUGAAAUUAACGAUAAGUUCCGUCAGUCCAUCCGAUUUUGGAUCGUAUAAGUGUGUGUCUAGAAAUGCAUUAGGAGACACCGAUGGCACCAUCAAAGUUUAUCCAAUAACAUCUUCGAACUCUACUGGUAGUAAUACAAAAUACAAAGGGAAAUUAAGGCACAAUUCGAGAAACGAUAUAUUCGAAGGAAAUCAAGACAUGCUGAAAGAAAGAGAUCUAAAGUUACGAGGCCGCAAAGAAACCAGCGGAAACGAAGAGGAUGAUUACGAAGAUUCGGCUGCGGCGUCGAACAAGGACUCUUUCAGCUUGAUUUUCGCUUUGGUCACAUUCACCAUUUACCUCUACCAUCAUCCGCAGUUAAGAACGCUACAUCCGGCUUGAAGAGCGGCCCCCACCGUGCCAUUAUCAUCAGAUCCUUCUUUCGAUCGCCACCCAUCGACAAUUUGUAAAUCCACUUAAAAAUCCAUCGCUCAGGGACUCCAUACCGAGGAUAAAUUAAAUCGUGAAAUCGCGCUGACCACCCAUCACACCUGUAUUAUAAGACGACAUACUCUAUUAUGAUUAGUAUCAUUAUUAUUCUGUAACGAUAUUAGCUGUCGUAAGUUAUUCGUAAACCGUAAUCGCGUAGAUUAAGCGGAUGAAAAAAUUCUUUUAUCACGGAGAACGUCACGUAGCGAGCAAUAAGUAAGGGAACACGAGAAGAUCCUGUGCUGGAAUUGAAUUUACAGAUGCGUUGUGUAGCGGACCUGGAUCAUGCUCAAUGGUACGCUAUACUUCGAGAUAGUAGCCAAUGUCAAAUUUCGUUCGUAGUUUUCGCGUAGUCAGUUGCGUUAACGUUUUGCAACGAGAUUAAGAUCGUGGUAGCCGUUCUUCGAUGAACAUCUUCGAUACAUCUUCGAUGUUUCACGCGAUUAAAUUAGAAAACUUUGUUUAAUUCAUCUUUAUGUUUCUCUAGUCAGACGUUAGUACUUUUAGUACUCUUUCUUAUGUUCUUCGCGGUGUAGACAGACGCGGUAAAGAUAAUCGAACAAAGGAAAACGAAGAUAAUAAUAAAGUAAGAGAUAUACAGAGUCACAUAGAUUUUUUCGCAGAGCGUGUCUAAAAUGUUCACAGGGGAAGUUUCUGUCUAAAAUUUCGAAACUAUCUACUACGAUUAUACUUCGAAAGAAGGAAUUACAAUAUAUAGCGCUUUACUUUUACUCUUCUUUACAAAUAUCUAAUUUUUACCUCCAUCUGUUGCGUAAAGUUAUAUCCCUUGUGACAACGAUAUCGCAAACUUUUUAUCGCUGCGUAAUAAAAAAAGAACGUUAAGUUACGAUA